AAGUAUUUUUCACAAAAAUAGUUUGUUAGAAUUAAGACAACACAGCCAACCUUCAACAAACAAUCAAAGACAAAUUUUCUUCAGAAUCGGCGGCUGUCAAAAAGCAAAUAGACCAAACUCACCACCAACUCUGAUUCCGGCCACCAUUUUAAAUCCCCAAUCAACACCCCAUUUACCGUCUCUCCGAUUCAAUUCCACAAUCCGAACAUACUCACUAAAACCCCAAAUCCCAUUGAUACCUUUUGAUCGACUUGUUUCUCCAUUUCCAUGGAUACAUUAGAGGAGGAAGAAGAAUACAACUGGAGAGAAGUCCGGCUUCCGUCGCUUAUCCCAGUGGUGCCGGAGCCAGAGCUAGAGAGAGAGACGGCGGAGAGACGCCGCGGGCGAGACAUCCUUAUCGCCGUCGAUCACGGUCCCAACAGCAAGCACGCUUUCGAUUGGGCUUUAAUCCAUUUCUGCCGCCUCGCUGACACCAUCCAUUUAGUCCACGCCGUUUCCAAUGUGAAGAAUGAAUUAGUUUAUGAGUUCAGCCAGGGAUUGAUGGAGAAGCUUGCAGUGGAGGCCUUUGAAGUGGCCAUGGUUAGGACUGUGGCAAGGAUUGUGCAAGGAGAUGCAGGGAAGGUUAUUUGUAAAGAAGCAGAGAAGUUGAAGCCUGCUGCUGUUGUUAUGGGCACUAGAGGAAGAAGCUUGAUUCAAAGUGUUUUGCAAGGAAGUGUGAGUGAGCAUGUCUUCCACAACUGCAAAUCAGCACCUGUUGUUAUAGUUCCUGGGAAAGAAGCUGGAGAAACAUCUGUGAUUUGAAUCUCAACUACACUUGGUUGAAGCCUGAAAUGAAUCUACAAUGUCUCUUCAUCAAUCUCUGUUUUCUUUUUUGGUUUUAGUGUUAAAGUUGAAGGUUGUAAGAAGAAUUUGAUAUUGUAUUUAUAUGUUUAUAUAUAUGUAAUGUAUAGUACUAAAUUUCCACCAUCAAAGUUUACUUACUAAAUAUGAUUGUGCUAUUGUAUUCGUAUUU